AUAAUUUUUGAGUAAUUACCAAGUCUACCCUUUUCAUACGUCCUUUGUUUCCUCUUUCCUCUACUCAUCCUGGGAGAGUGUCUCUGUCUCCAAAUCUAUCUGCUGCUGCAUAUACACACAUACACAUAAAACAAUAUUAAAAUCAAAAUAAUUAUUAUAGUGUUCUUGUAUCUCUUUGUGCUCUUAUUUUACAGAUUUAAUUAAUCGGAUAACUAUGACUAUGCUCACUCAUCAACCGCUAGAUCAAGAAGAUGAUGAGAUGCUGGUGCCACAUCAGGAAGUUCAGGUGUCUCCGCCCGUGGAAGGGCCUUUGCUAGUGGAAGGACCGCAGCCGAUGGAAGUAGUGUCACAAACAGAAAGCACAAACGCGGUUGACAGUCAAACAGUUGAGGAGCCACAGGCGUCUAGGUUUACGUGGAUGAUCGAGAAUUUCUCGAGAUUGAACACUAAGAAGCAGUAUUCUGAUGUUUUUGUCGUCGGUGGUUUUAAAUGGCGUGUCCUUAUUUUUCCUAAGGGUAACAAUGUGGACCACCUUUCUAUGUACUUAGAUGUCGCAGAUUCAUCGACAUUGCCAUAUGGGUGGAGUAGAUAUGCACAGUUUAGUUUGGCUGUAGUUAAUCAAAUUCAACCUAAGUACACUCUAAAGAAAGACACACAGCACCAGUUUCAUGCAAGGGAAAGUGAUUGGGGCUUCACAUCCUUUAUGUCACUUAGCGAGCUUUAUGACCCAAAUAAAGGUUUUCUUGUUAAUGAUACAUGCAUUAUUGAAGCUGAUGUUGCUGUACGCAAGGUCGUCGACUAUUGGACAUAUGACUCGAAGAAAGAAACUGGUUAUGUUGGUCUGAAAAACCAAGGAGCAACUUGUUACAUGAAUUCUUUACUUCAGACUUUGUACCAUAUACCUUACUUUAGGAAGGCUGUGUAUCAUAUGCCGACGACAGAGAAUGACAUGCCCUCAGGAAGCAUCCCUCUUGCGUUACAGAGUUUAUUUUACAAACUUCAGUAUAACGAUACUAGUGUUGCAACAAAAGAAUUAACUAAGUCUUUUGGAUGGGACACAUACGAUUCUUUCAUGCAGCAUGAUGUUCAAGAACUUAACAGAGUGUUAAGUGAAAAGCUUGAAGAUAAGAUGAAGGGAACUGUUGUGGAGGGAACCAUACAGAAAUUAUUUGAAGGUCACCACAUGAAUUAUAUUGAAUGCAUCAAUGUGGACUUCAAAUCUACAAGAAAAGAAUCAUUCUACGAUCUACAGCUUGAUGUUAAAGGAUGUCGAGAUGUUUAUGCUUCCUUUGACAAGUAUGUGGAGGUUGAACGUCUUGAGGGUGAUAACAAGUAUCAUGCUGAAGAACAUGGAUUACAGGAUGCUAAAAAGGGUGUCUUAUUUAUAGACUUUCCUCCUGUUCUACAACUUCAGUUAAAGCGCUUUGAAUAUGAUUUCAUGCGAGACACAAUGGUGAAGAUAAAUGAUCGUUAUGAAUUUCCUUUAGAGCUUGAUCUUGACAGGGAGGACGGAAAAUAUUUGUCACCAGAUGCAGAUAGGAGUGUCCGCAACCUUUAUACUCUCCAUAGUGUUUUGGUUCAUAGUGGGGGAGUGCAUGGAGGACACUACUAUGCAUUUAUUAGACCAACACUCUCUGAUCAAUGGUUUAAGUUUGAUGAUGAAAGGGUUACAAAAGAAGAUAUGAAAAGAGUUCUGGAGGAACAAUAUGGCGGUGAGGAAGAGUUGCCCCAGACCAAUCCUGGUUUCAAUAAUGCCCCAUUUAAGUUUACAAAAUACUCAAAUGCAUAUAUGCUUGUUUAUAUACGUGAAAGUGACAAGGAGAAAAUAAUUUGUGAUGUGGAUGAGAAAGAUAUUGCCGAGCACCUUAGGAUAAGGCUUAAGAAAGAACAAGAAGAGAAGGAGGAUAAGAGAAAAUAUAAAGCCCAAGCACACCUGUACACUAUAAUUAAGGUUGCCCGUGAUGAGGACCUAAAGGAACAGAUCGGAAAGGAUAUCUAUUUUGAUCUUGUUGAUCAUGAUAAAGUGCGAAGUUUUCGCAUCCAAAAGCAGGUUCAAUUUGCCUCAUUCAAGGAGGAGGUUGCCAAAGAAUUUGGUAUCCCAGUUCAGUUUCAACGUUUCUGGCUCUGGGCAAAGCGGCAAAACCAUACCUACCGUCCCAAUCGACCUUUGACUCCGCAAGAAGAAGCCCAAACGGUUGGACAAUUGAGGGAGGUUUCUAACAAGAACCACACUGCUGAGCUGAAGUUGUUUUUAGAAAUUCAGACUGGGCAGGACUUGCAUCCUUUACCACCGCCAGACAGAAGUAAAGAGGAUAUACUUCUUUUCUUCAAGCUUUAUGAUCCUAAGAAAGAAGAGCUUCGAUAUGUCGGUAGACUUUUUGUAAAGAGUACCGGGAGGCCGCUUGAGAUCUUAUCAAAAUUGAAUGAGAUGGCAGGAUUUGAUGCUAAUGAGGAAAUUGAACUAUUUGAGGAGGUUAAAUUUGAGCCUUGCGUGAUGUGUGAACGACUUGACAAGAGAGCUUCAUUUCGUUUGAGCCAGAUUGAAGAUGGGGACAUAAUAUGCUUCCAGAAAUAUCCACAGCCUCAAAAUGAAGAGGAAUGCAGAUAUCCAGAUGUUCCCUCGUAUUUGGAGUAUGUUAAGAAUCGUCAGAUUGUUCAUUUUCGAUCUCUUGAGAAGCCCAAGGAGGAUGAUUUUUGUCUAGAAUUGUCCAAAUUACAUACCUAUGACGAUGUCGUUGAAAGAGUUGCAAGGAAGCUAAGACUGGAAGAUCCUUCAAAGAUCAGACUUACUCCGCACAACUGCUACUCCCAGCAACCUAAACCGCAUCCAAUAAAAUAUAGAGUAGCAGAACAUCUGUUAGAUAUGCUGGUGCAUUAUAAUCAGAUAUCUGAUAUUCUGUACUAUGAAGUGCUCGAUAUCCCUCUUCCAGAACUGCAGUGUCUCAAAACUCUAAAGGUUGCUUUCCAUCAUGCAACUAAAGAUGAAGUGGUUAUCCAUAACGUCCGGCUGCCAAAACAGAGCACUGUAGGAGAUGUGCUUAAUGAAAUUAAAACAAAGGUAGAAUUAUCUCAUGCCAAUGCGGAGCUUAGACUUCUUGAAGUGUUCUAUCACAAGAUUUACAAGAUUUUUCCUCUGAAUGAGAAAAUUGAGAACAUAAAUGACCAAUACUGGACACUGAGAGCAGAGGAGAUACCUGAAGAAGAAAAGAACCUUGGUCCACAUGAUCGCCUGAUACAUGUUUACCACUUCUCAAAAGAGACUGCCCAGAAUCAAAUGCAAGUACAAAACUUCGGGGAGCCAUUUUUCUUGGUCAUCCAUGAAGGUGAAACUUUAGCAGAAGUUAAAAUGCGUAUUCAAAAGAAAUUGCAGGUUUCAGAUGAGGAGUUUCUGAAGUGGAAAUUUGCGUUCUUAUCACUGGGAAGGCCAGAGUAUUUGCUGGACUCGGAUGUUGUAUCUAGCCGUUUCCAGAGAAGGGACGUGUAUGGUGCUUGGGAGCAAUAUCUUGGGUUGGAGCACCCUGACAAUACUCCUAAAAGAGCUUUUGCUGCAAACCAGAACCGGCACACAUAUGAGAAGCCCGUUAAAAUUUACAACUAAUUGUUGAGCAACCAACAAUGCCCUGAUGAAUUUCCACCCUCCUAAGACCACAUUGGUUAUUUAGGAAAAGGGCCAAGAGGAUAUGGCAGCAGGAGACGUUAGUAGAGAACGUGUUAUGAUCCAUUUUUUCAUUUUGCCAUUUACCCUUUUCCAGCUAUAAUCGCUUCAUUUUUAGGCUAUAAUUCCUAUUAUUUGAUUGGGCGGGGAAGAAAUGGUUUCUCUGAGAUUUGACCUGUUUUUACCUGCCCUCUUGGCUUUCCGAAUCCUUGACCUUCUGGUCCUCUAUAGCAAGGCACUAAGUUUCAUGAAGAGGAUUGGGCACUUUAGUAUUCGGUUCCUGUUGUAGUUUAGUCAGGUACAUAAAAAGAUUUUGAUUGAGUGGAAUGUAAUCUGGGUGUGGUAGUGUAGUCGGUGCUUUCUUUCGCCCGUCAUUUGUUUAGGAGGAAGGUUGGAUAUUGUCUCUUACUAGGUGGGAGUAGAUGCGUUUUUAUGAUAUUGUAAAGGUUUGCUGUUCAGCUGUGAAAAGAUCUAUUUUAUAGUGCC